AUACCAUGACCGGGAUGAAUGAAAAUCUUCAUAGUCAGAAUUCUCAGUGGUUCUCAGAUCUAAACAAGAUUAUUUAUGAGGCUACGUGUAAUUAUAAUAUUAAUGGUUCUAAUCAGUCUAACUACUUGCCUGGUUGUCAGGGUCACUGAGCUUAGCAACCCUAUAAACAGCUGCCUUUGGAUCAGGGUGCUGUGUGCUUGUAUGUUCUCCCUGCGUGGGUUCCCUUCCUGGCUCCAAAUACAUACAGGCAGGGUUCAUGGUUUCGUAUGAAGGCUCCCCUUGUGCCUAUGAGAAUUAGGAAAGUGUGAGAGUCAGUGGGAGAGGAAGGGAAGAAUGAAACAAUCACUGUAGGGCGCUGCUGCUUUAGAAAUAAAGGAGAAUAAACCACAAAGGUUCCUGCGUGUGCAACAAAUGAGUCAGUUCAGUUACAAUGUAUCACAAGCUCAUUCAUGCACAAAGGAAGCCCCGUCCAAUUGGAAUUGGUGCUGAAUGGGUACCAAGCAGGUUACCUGUGUGCCGGCAACAUGCAGUACUUACCUCUGUAGCUCCGGAGAGGUUAACGUGACAGUUGCAGGGAAGGGCUGUUGCAUGUGACAGUUAACAGGCAAACCAAUGAGAGGUAGCAGCCAACUGGUGGGCUUGGCUAGGGAACGGGAGAGAAGGAACAAGAGACAGAGAGAGAGAGAGAGGCGAGUGCAGCUCCUAGCCCCUGGCACAAUGAUCCUGAGGAGCUCAAUGUGGAGGAACUGAAGGAUCACUUACCACCGAGGGAUCCAUUCGGCUCAUCCUGGGGGGAGGGAGGAGACAACCCCGCAGCUCGUUUUUACCCCAUAGGAAGCUAUCCAUUCCAGGAGGCAGAAUUGGGGGGCUGAAGGUUGCCCACCAAAGCCAAAGGAUGGACACAUCCGGUCACUUCCAUGAUUCUGGGGUUGGGGACAUGGAAGAGGACCCCAGGUGCCAUUGCCCACUUACUGGGGAGGACCACCAGCAGCAUCCGCUGAGCCAGCUGCAGAGUCAGACUUACCAGCCCAGCCUGUUGCACUGCUCUCCAGCUGCUUGCAGGGCACCUCCUUCCAACAACUCCAGCGCUCUCCACCCUUCCUCCAGGCAGGGCAGUCAGCUCAAUUUAAAUGACCACUUGGUUGGACACUCUCCAAGUUCGGCGUCUACAAGUGGGGCAGGAUGCAAGCACAGACAAGCCAGUCCUCUGGUCCACAGGAGAGACAGCAACCCCUUCACCGAAAUAGCCAUGAGCUCUUGUAAAUACACCGGCGGGGUCAUGAAACCCCUCAGCCGACUAAGUGCCUCCAGAAGGAACCUGAUCGAGUCCGAGCCCGAAAGCCAACCUCUUCAGCUCUUCAACUCCACCAACCCCCCGGAGAUAGUGAUCUCUUCCAAGGAUGAGCACCUCUCCAACCAGACCUUGCACCACCCCAAUCACCAACACUCAGGCAGCAACAGCACCAAUAACCACCCCAAAGCCAACAAGAGGAAAAACCAGAACAUCGGAUACAAGUUGGGACACCGGCGGGCGCUUUUCGAGAAGAGGAAACGGCUCAGUGACUACGCUCUCAUUUUUGGGAUGUUUGGAAUUGUGGUUAUGGUUAUUGAGACAGAACUCUCAUGGGGGUUAUACGAAAAGAAUUCCAUGUUUUCCCUGGCCUUGAAAUGCCUUAUAAGUUUAUCGUCAAUUAUCCUUUUGGGACUGAUCAUCGCAUAUCACGCACGGGAAGUGCAGCUUUUUAUCAUUGACAACGGUGCUGAUGAUUGGAGGAUAGCGAUGACCUAUGAGAGGAUCUUUUACAUCAGCUUGGAGCUGGUCAUCUGUGCCAUCCACCCCAUCCCCGGAGAAUACAAAUUCUUCUGGAAUGCUCGCUUGUCCUUCUCCUACACACCAUCCCAGGCGGAGGCAGACGUGGACAUUAUCCUCUCCAUCCCAAUGUUUCUGAGACUUUAUUUAAUUGCCAGAGUCAUGUUACUGCACAGCAAGCUCUUCACGGACGCCUCGUCCCGGAGCAUCGGGGCCCUAAACAAGAUCAACUUCAACACCCGCUUUGUCAUGAAGACUCUAAUGACCAUUUGUCCAGGGACUGUUCUAUUGGUCUUCAGCAUAUCUCUGUGGAUCAUUGCAGCUUGGACAGUCAGGGUUUGUGAAAGGUACCACGACCAACAAGAUGUAACAAGCAACUUCCUUGGCGCUAUGUGGCUGAUAUCCAUCACUUUCCUUUCCAUCGGGUACGGCGACAUGGUCCCAAACACUUACUGCGGGAAAGGAGUUUGCUUACUCACUGGCAUCAUGGGAGCCGGCUGUACAGCGCUGGUUGUUGCUGUGGUCGCUAGGAAACUGGAGCUCACCAAAGCGGAGAAACACGUACAUAACUUCAUGAUGGACACGCAACUGACCAAGCGGAUUAAGAAUGCAGCAGCAAACGUUCUGCGGGAAACCUGGCUCAUAUACAAGCACACUAAGCUAUUAAAGAAGAUUGACCAUGCCAAAGUCCGGAAGCACCAGAGAAAGUUCCUUCAAGCAAUCCACCAGCUGCGCAGUGUGAAGAUGGAGCAGAGGAAGCUGAGCGACCAGGCCAAUACGCUAGUGGACCUCUCCAAGAUGCAGAGUGUAAUGUACGACCUUAUUACGGAGCUGAAUGACCGGAGCGAAGAUCUGGAGAAGCAAAUCGGGAGCCUGGAGACCAAGCUGGACCAGAUCGUCUCCACGUUUAACACUCUCCCUGUCCUUAUUGUGGACGUUCUGCGACAGCAGCAACAGCACCUCCUAUCUGUCAUCCUCGAAUCAAGAGGACUCGGAGUUGCAGUGGGCACACCACAGACCCCUCUAUCGGACAGUCCAAUGGGAAUCAGUUCGGCUUCAUUUCCAACGCCGCACACCAGCUCCAGCAGCUGCUGAGAGGGAAGAUGUUAGGAGCUGGGAUAGUGGACAACCAAGCAGUGUGCUCUCUCCAUGAAUAAUUAGAAGGGGGUCAGCUUUGAAAAAAUUUUGGCCUGGUAACCAUCACGCAAUGUCAGCUAACUAAGGACACCUCGCAUUGUUGGAAACCCAGUAGCUGAUGAGCGGUGGAACUGUUACUAACUCAGAAGUAAAUAUGAAGAGAGCGGCCUGACCAUUCACUGACAAGUUGCCUGCAAAGCUUUGCUGAGCAGAAACAAAAAUGGGCUCUUUUAUCAAUUGUCCUGUUCUAACAUCCCCAGUCCUUCAUUCCUAUGACCCUCGCCAUUACUAUCAACAACAGCAGCAUCUUUUUGACAUGAAAGUUACUUUAGUUUUUUAAAGGGAUACUAUCAUUCCCCUCAAAAAAAUCUAUACCUGAAAACAAUGCCAGUCACUUUUAUGUGUAAGCCACUUUUUCUGUUUCAUCCAGUCUCUUUUCAGUUAUCAGAUUGUGGCUGUCUGUACAGAACAUCAGUCCUGGAAGUGGUCCUUAUGGACACGCCCACUUUCCUUGUCUAAACAUAUCAAGAAACAGGACUCUUGGACCCUUUAUUGGAUUCAGCUGAGCUAAAAUCCCAGGGCUGGAAUUUAACAGAGGCCUAUCUGGAAGCAGAAAAAGUGGCUAUGCCUUCUUCAAUGAAGAUCCAAAUUUAUUCAUGAAUUAUUUUCAAGCAAACCCUUUUUUUAUUUUGCUGAAAGUAUGACUUUAAAGAAGUGCCAGUACAAUGAGAAUCCUUCGCUUUGCAAUUAUGGUGCUCUUAGUGGUGAGGACAGGGAAGUACAGAUUCAAACAAAUGAGGUAAGUUAAAUAAAAAAUACACAGAGAAAGAUUUACAGCAGUAAAAAUAACCAAAAUGUGCCACCUUUACGGCUCUAAAUAGGCAAAGUUUAGUGUGUGUCUGUGCCUAGGCAAGUAUAAAGGUUGGAAGCUGUAGUAGAUGGAGACGGUAGAAUGAUUGAUUUUUACUAGAUCAGGCUUACAGGGUAUUUUAGUCAUAGAACUCACAAAUUUAGUUCAUGAAGUUAUACAGUGUUUUGGUAACAAUGAACUGGAUGGCUCCAAGUUGCCUAAUUCCAGAAUGAUGUGUGAAUGCUCAGAGAGUACCAUGUAAGAACCAGGGGUAUCAGUUAGGAGCUAUAAAGAAGUAUCGUACACAAUCUUAUAUAACAUUUCUCACAAAGCUGGGAACAUUUCAGAACUAGGUAGAUUAAUGACCUGAACUGGUGCCUUAUUGGUGAAUAGCAAAACUGGAAUCCUCUUUGGUGAUCACCGUCACGGAUGAAGUGGCUGAAUUUGGCAACCACCAUCUUUUCUGUGAGACUCUGAAGAUUGGUAUGGCUAAGCAGGUGAGGCUGCAGUAGUUCAGGAGGGAGGCAAGUGCACGCACCCUAUGUUGGUAUCGUUUAGUUGACUCAUAACAUCCCCUCCAGAAAUUAUACAAGGAGCAUUUUCCCCACCAACCAAUUGUCUGCGCAUGAUUCCUCUAAGAUACAGUUAGGGUCAGGACACACGCUCAGAUUCGGGGAGAUUAGUCGCCUGGUGACAAAUCUCCUCUUCUUUUGCGUGACAAAUCUCCCCGAACUGGC